UCGAUGUUUCUAACCGCCUCGCUCGUCGCAGCCGGGAGAGAGAGACGGUAGUGCACGUUUUUACGUUUGCCUGUCAGGCUCACCGUCGACCGAGCGCUCUGUUGUACGGUCCCGGGUGUCGGAGCCACGGUAUACUGCGACCUCCUUUGUCGUGUCUCGAUCUCCUCGCUGCGUCGCGCACCGCACCAAAGUCGCCGCAUCGAAUUGGAUCGAACCGCGUCCUCGUCUCGACUCGUCUCGUCGCGUCGCGUCGUCGUGCCCGUUGUUUAUCUGCGGCAGCUGGCUGACGAGCACACAUCGCGCGGAAACCGGAAGCCCGAUCGGUGGUGGCAUCCAGGACACACGAGCGUGAGGGGAGCACGCCGAGAAACGGAGAAAAAGUUCGCUGCCAGAAGGGUGAACGCGCGGCGCGGGUCUUCUUGCCCUGCCUCGCCUCGCCUCGCCUAGCCUCGCGGAUCCGCACCGAUCCGCGCGCGUCUACGCCUGCUUGCCUGUCUGCCUGUCUGCCAGCCAACCAUUCAGUCAGUCGGUCGAUCAUUCAGAGUCAGUGCCGGUUCGCUACGCAACAACUACGGACGUUCUCUGUUUACCAGCCGCUGCCAGUUCUCCUCAAUGGUAGAAUUUCGUGUUGCGACCGUAAGUGACGGGGAGAAGCGAAACGACCACCGAUGAUACCACCGUCGUCCACCCGUUGGUGAUACUGUGACCAUCGGGGCCAAGGGGAAAUAUCCAUCCGUUCAUGGCGCGGCAGCCAAGGGGAAUGUGCCGCCGCGCGGACUCGGCCCAGUGAUUUGAAAUAUAAUUCGUGAAUCUUGCGUUGAAUCGGUCGUUGCCCGAUUAUUUUGAUCAGUCCACGACGCUCUGAUUUUGGUGAUUGUGUGCUGGUUCCCGGUAAAUCGUCGACCGCCGAUCUCAUCAUCGGUCCCGCAGCCUCAUCGUCGUCCUGCUCCGCCACACGUCUGUCACGAUAGGAGAGAGAUCAAGGCGGCUGUGUAGGAGGUAGAACGGGAGAGGACCGAGAACAAGGAGCCAGAGGAGACGAAGAGAGAGAGACAAGGAUUCUGAAAGAGAGUGAGAAGCAGUGGUGAGGGGCAUGAUAAGCAAGGACACAAGUGCACCGAGACAAUCAAGUGACCUGCUGGAGAUUUAUCGAGCCGAGAGCGCCCAGAGGACUGAGAAGCAUCGACAGGAUUGUCGUCGUGCCUCUCGUCAACGGAUGUCGGAAUGACGCGUCUGUCAAACUGUGGCAGGGCAGAGGGUGCAAGGACUUCGUUGAACGGGAGAAAGUGAUACGUGGUUGGUGGUUGGUUGAGACGGCGGAGAAACGGACUGAUAGAGGGCAGAAUCGCGAGCGCGUCGUUGGGUCAUUCAUACAUCGGAACCGAUCGCGGGCUCAUUGUCUCAGCGUACCCGGACAGCGGCGGACAACGUCCUCUCGUCGCUAUCACGAUGUCGUUAUUAUGAGAUCCACGUUGGCCACGAAGUUCCCUUACACCUGACAGCAGCCGAGAGAUCGUUCUUCCGGCGAUCGCUUCCUCUGGACCAAUCCGGAGAGACCAACCCAUAGAGUCAACGGGACGUGUUCUUGAAACGACAGAGGGGGAGGACUACCAAAGAAAAUCGUUAUUGCUGGCAGAGAAAAAAAGAAGAGAGAAAGAGAGAUAGAGAUAGAUAGAGAGAGAAGCGUAGAACGAGGUCAAGGCUGGGUAAUAAUUGAGAGUGGAGAGGGCAGCGAGUGGAUCGGCUUCGCUCCGAGAACGAAAACUCAUUGAUCCAAGGCGAUUGUUUACGUGGUUCAGCGAUAAGCAAUCGCGCGUGGACGCGGCCCGGGCUGGCAGCUGGUUCGGUUUAGGGGGUUGAUAAGGAUUGAGGGGUGCGCGGUGGUACGCGACGAGAGGGUGCAGUGAAGGUGUCCUCGUGGGGUGCCAGAGUGAGCACGAUAGCACCUCUGGUGCCCUCGGCCGUGGGUCCCGAGGGGACGGACGCCAUGGCGGCCUCUUCGUCCUCGUCGAGCGGCGAGCAACAGUACUCACUCAGGUGGAAUGACUUCCACUCGAGCAUCCUCAGCUCAUUCCGCCAUCUGAGGGACGAGGAGGACUUCGUCGAUGUUACGCUGGCAUGCGACAGUAGCAGCUUCACCGCGCACAAGGUCGUCCUCUCUGCCUGCAGCCCUUACUUCCGGAGGCUCCUCAAGGCGAACCCAUGCCAACAUCCGAUCGUGAUCUUGAGGGACGUAGCCUCGUCCGACAUGGAGUCCUUGCUGCGUUUCAUGUACCACGGCGAAGUACACGUCGGUCAAGAACAGUUGGCCGCUUUCCUCAAGACAGCGCAGAUGCUCCAGGUGCGAGGACUAGCUGAUGUCAACAGCGGCGCUGCGACAGCCAAGAUCCCGCCGCCAUCGUCGUCCGGCGGAUACAAUGGCAGUGCACCGGCCACACCUCGAAACCCUUGGCAAGACAAUGGCAGAGGAGACCUAAACGAGGGUGGCCUGAGUCCACCGCCAGAGAAGAGACCUAGAAGCCAGAGUCCACCUCUUGGUAACCAUGUCGAGCAGAAGUCGGAGCUUCAGGAAUCGCUGUUGGGGCAAGCCUUGGAAGGAGGACCCACGAUACACACUACACCUUCUAAUAAUGUACAGGCACAGUCUACCGGCGAGGACUCGAACUCCAUGUCGGACAACGAGGAGGACAUGUCGAACAACGACAGCAUCUUGAACUCGGUCAAGACAGAACCUAGCGACAUCCUGAACGAUUCUAUGGAGCACCAUCGUAACUCGUUUCCGGCUGCGCUUUUGGGACUACCAGGACUGAUACCAGGCCCGUCGGGGAUCCACGCGGCGAACCAGGAUCCGAGCUACGUCGCCCGGCGCGGUUUGGACAUGACGCGGGUCCGCGCGACCGAUCCCCGGCCCUGCCCGAAGUGCGGGAAGAUCUAUCGAUCGGCGCACACGUUGCGCACCCAUCUGGAGGACAAGCACACGGUCUGUCCGGGCUACCGGUGCGUAUUGUGCGGCACGGUGGCGAAGUCGCGGAACUCGUUGCAUUCGCACAUGUCGCGGCAGCACCGCGGCAUCAGCACCAAGGACCUGCCGGUGCUGCCGAUGCCGAGCCCGUUCGACCCCGAGCUGGCAUCUCGUUUGCUGGCCAAGGCGGGUGUCAAGGUGAGUCCAGCGGAGCUGAGAGCCCGAGCGAGCCCCACUGGACCUCGAAGAGGAGACAUGAGGCUGGAGAUCCCCCGCGGAGGCGCGCCAUCGGAAGCAGGCAGCAGCAUCUGCGGCGGCGACGACCCCGAGGAUCUGACGCUGCCCCUGAGCCUGAGGUACGGCUCCCCGACCCCGAACAACAACACUGUGAUCACCAAAGUCAGCGGUAACAAUAGCAGCAGCAGCACCAAGAACUCCACGGCGACCGCGAUAGCGGCCAAGUCGAUGGACACCAUGAUCGGCAGCCGAGAGCCGAACACGGCGCCGCUGCAUCCACCUGGACACCUUCAUCCGAGCCAUCACAACACCAGCGCGACGGGAUCCGCGAUCCUGGACACCUACCUGCAGUUUAUCGCCGAGAACUCUGGCCUGGCGACGAUGGGGCUCAGUCCGGAGCAAGCCGCGGCCGUGGCGGCUGCUCACGCCGCCAAGAUGGCGCACAUGAGCGCAAUGGACAAGCUGGGCGGUCGCGGGAUCGAGGACUAUCCUAUGAUAGGCAGAGACGAGGGCAGAGGACUCGGCAUCGUGCACGAGGAUCGGCACGACGUCCUGCAGGAUAGGCAUGGCGUUCUUCUGGACGAGGGAGACUCGUCCGGCGGCGAAGAGGACGACUUCAGCGAGAACGAAGAGCCGGAAAUCGUGAAGGCUGAAUAGGUUGACCUGGUUGCUAACCCGAUGGCUAGGAGGCACCUGGCCGGAUCUCUUGGGCCUGGCCCAGGGCCUCGUUCACAGCUUAAGUGAAUCACGUCAAGUAACAAAGUCAUCGACUACCUCAGUAGAGACAUACAUCUGUUUUCUUUUGUUGCGAGAGAAAUACAGUUUUCCAAAGAAGAAGGAAGAGGACGACGACCACGACCAUGGAGCUACGGGAUAGAUUGCACUCGGCGGCUUCGUCGGCCACGUCGGAUCGCGUUUACACACUUUUUAACCCUGUUUUAAUAAAUUCCAUCUGUCUACCUCAGUGAACACGAUAAACGAUAAGUGAUAGGACAGACCAAGACGAAUCUCAUUGACGAAGAAUAAGAAGAAGAAGAAGAAGAAGAAUAAGCAGAAAAAGAACAAGAUGAAGAAGAACAAGAAGAAGAAGAUGAAGACGACGGUGACGACAGAGCGUUUGCGCAUCGGCUGGACUCACCGGUUCCCAUGGUUCUUCGCGACGGUGUUCCCCCGUGUCUUGGGAAACACCAUAUGAACCGGGAAGUCAGGUGACGACCAGGGCAACUGUUUGAUUCUUUUUAUUUUCUAAAGGUUUAAAUGAGCGGUGCCCGUCGCGGACUCGCGACGAACCCGAGAAGAUAUUAUUAUUAUAUUAUAUUAUAUUAUUAUUAUUAUUAUUAUAUAUGAAUGUUGAGGAAGAAAAUAUAUUGUCUAGAUUUAUAGCGAACAGUUAGUGUACCACGGGGCGUGUACGUGAAACACGCACGUGAAACGGGAGUCGCGUACGCCCGCAUUAACGAGUAGAGAGGAUACGUGUAGCGUUUAGGGUAGCGUGCCCCUUCGUGUUUUCUUUAUUUCGUCGAGAAGUCGCGUGCAUUUCAUGCUACACUAUGAUUAUUAUAUACACCAUUACAUUCUCGAGGGACACACGGACACACAGACACGUUUUUGAGGAAGGUUCGAGGUUUGUCUCGCGACACGCGUAGAGGCGCGUGCGCGAUCAGACGGUCUCGACUAUUAGGGGUUGCUGUAGGCACGUGAUUAGUAAUCGCCCCUCAUUACGAUUGUUAAUUGUCUCGUUUUAGCGUAGGGAUAGAGAGAAGAUGUAGUCCGAACGGAUGGAAUAGCGUUCGGCAACCGGCAAGACGGUCUUCGAGAAAUUCGUGAAUUCGGAUGGAAAUUUAUUAUUUUUAUGACAAUGACAUGAUAAUGAUGGUUAAAUGCGUCCAUCAGCGAGCCAAGUAUCCACGUGUGCGGUUGGAAUAUCGAUUAUUCUCGAUAGAAGCAGCGAGAGACUGAAAUCUAUCGCGACGCCCGAAAGAGCUCGCUUAUGCAGGCGUUGAAGUCUCCGAGUCUCCGACUCUUUAGUCUCGUUUCUUUAUCUUGUUUCUCGGUUAGAAAUUUGUUUUUCUUGGAAAAAAUUACCGGGAUAAUUAGCUUAUUGUUUGUAGAUAUUGCUACGAAAAAUAUAUUUUUCAUAACUAUUAUAGGUUUUAUUGAAAAUCAUAGUUCAAACAUCGGUACAACAGUAUCCGUACUGCUUGGACCGGAGCAAAUGUCUCUUACGUGAUUGCUACCUUUCUCGAAGGUAAUUACACGUUUUAUACUCGUAGCAGAACCCUUUUGCAAUAACCUUGCAAUACCAAAACCACAAAUAUUUUAAAAUUAUGUUUAAUUCAUCCGUCGAAUCUAUUAUAUAACUUUAUUAGUGUUACUUUCGUGAGAAUGAUUCGUGUCGUAAUUUCUAUUUUAAUUAAAAAAACUAAUUCGUCCAGAUGCAUUCGCGGAUUGUUUAAUAUAAUGUUAAGCGAAUUUGUUGUCGACUAUCGCCCACGUGGAGGAAAGACCGGAGACAAUGACGGCGAAUUUCUCGAAGCAGAUCUUUAAUUGUCGUAUGAAACGGUGCUCGACCGGCCCAGAGAUCGAACGAAUCGGAUCGCGAUCGACUCCUGGAAUGAUCGUCGAUCCCGAGCGACGGCUGACGAUCCGAAGUCGUUCCUCUCGUCACCCCCCCCCCCCGGCCCCUUUCGUUCUUCGGCUCGAAGCUCUCGAUUGAUCGGGCUCGAACUGUCCCAGGGCUUGCCAUGACGUCCUAGUACUUAAGUUUAUCGGCCCUCGAGACACUCCGACCACGGAAUUACACAUUAGACGAUUAGUUGCUCGUGUAUUUUGACAUUCGGACGACUUAAACAGGAGAUACGAAUUCGUUGAAUCGAUCAUUCGAAGCGGAUCUGUUCCGAUCUCUUCGGAAAUCAUCGAAUCGUAGGAUCUCCGAAUUAUUUAUGAAUCUUAUUCACUUCGCAGUUUCUUUCUCCAUUCAUCAAGUAUAAAAUCGAGAGCGGCGUCUCGCCUACGCGUUCUCGUUCGACGGUCGAGCUCGUAGAACCCGGCUCGAUCCUCUCGAUCCUAGCCCAAUGGGUGUGUCUUCGAAACACGGUUCCUACUAAUGAUAUAUACACGAGCUACUUUGAUUUCCAUGGAAUACCUUCGUAGCCUAUACACGUAUACAAAUGAAUAUAUAUAUAUACAUGAAUAUGUAUAUUAUAUGUAUACAUACACGUACGGAGAAUACAUAUUAUAAAUUUAUAUUAUAUAGACGCGUUAGUUACGCCUAGCGACGAGGAAAGGAACAGGUUCUUAGCAAUACCGUAGUGGCGCCACGCGGUUCAUCGAAGGGACUCGUCCGUUUCGUUCUCUUUCCUUUCCUUUUCUUAUUAUUUUUUUUUCUUUUUUCGUCGGGAAAUUUUCGUUUUUGCGUGCGUGAAGGGUGUGAUGUGCGACAGCGAGCGAAUGGUACGAGAAAAAGGGACUGUUGCGGUUGACGACUUAAAAAAAAAAAGCUACGAGUUUCAGGUUUUAGACUUACUGAAAGACCGCGGGUCUCUGCGCGAUACCAAAAUUCCUCGAAAUCGGGCGAAAGGGAUCCGAUUGGAUGGUGGUCCACGCUGGAAUAAAAAAGAACUCGUUCGCGCGCCACAAAACGCGCACGGAUCCGCGGUCUACUUAUUAUCUAGAUAAGUAGGACACUUCACAAUACUCGGAGUAUACUAACACCCCCGUAACUAGACUGUAAGAGCAUUUUAUCGAAUGAACAGAGUCUCGGCGACUUUGUCGAGCUCAUAUCGCGUGCACGCGACGAGAUACGUCCAAAAUAAAAAAAAAAAGCAAAAUACAGAGAAAAUCGUAGAUCGCGAGACGGGAGGGAUUAGAUUAGAGUCCGAGAAAUCAAAAAUGGCCGAGCGUGGAUCGCGCGGACGCGGGGGAUCAUUGGCGACGACGCGAGACAACUCACCCCUUACGCGGCGCUCCUUUCGGAGGACGAUAACUUCUUCAUUAGACGACGUUAGAUUUUAUUGGCAGUUCUUCACGAGACAAUAAAUAGCUGAGAAACCAGGCGGAGAAACCAAUGUGUGCACAUUGUCGGGAACCGGCGGGGGUGGGUUCCGGAUUUUUUAAACUUUAUAUUGUACAUAUACGAAAGCCCCACUGUAUACGAUCGGAACACUUGUAUACGAGACGCGCGGCGGGAUCGUACGCGCGGCAUUUUUAAACGCUUGGCGAUCCAGGACGCGGCGGAUCCACGGCUCGGGUAUCGCGGGGAUGAUCGAUCGAGACGCGAGUCCAGGUCUAAUCGGUACAAAGGAACCACUUCUUGCCUUGAAGCUCUCUAUACGUUUAUCAGGCGCGGUUACGUCCGGCAAACACUGAAGAUCGGCACGUUCGUCACCGGUUUCACAUUCGUUACGUCCUAUCGAUUACUUAAUUACUGUUGAGAAGAAGUGCAGACUAAAGUACGCUUUUCAGAAGCGCAAUAGAACCUCUUUCAAUUUCGUUGAUCGAGUAAUUAUCAAGGUACAUUGCAAGGAAACAUACCGCGUGUCACAAUCUCGUGAAAUUUAAGUUUGUCAAAUAUUUGUUCUGGAGAAUAUAUGAUUUAGGUAUUUAUCAGGGGGGAAAGAAAUGAAAAUAAAGAAGUAACGCUAGUAAUACGAUGAAUUAGCGAUCAGAAUUUUAACCGAAAGUUGCUUCAUUUCUACGAUAAGUCGUGAUCUUUGCAGAUCGUUUUUGAUCGAUCUAUUCACGCUUAAAGAAAACAUUCGAAAACAGUAAAUAGCUUAAUCAACAGAGGUUCGGAUAAUCGAGGUAAGAAAAAUAUAGGAAAAAGGUAUGAAAAAUUCUCUGGACAGGAUGCAUAAAAUACGCGACUCGCGUGAACUGAAUUGGGAAAUUGUAGGCAGGGUGGCGAACGUGUUAGGGUAAUUCGGAGUGAACAAAAUCAUAUACACAGAGUACAAAUUGAUCCCGCGGUGUUGUUUCGCCGAGGAGGAGAAUCUGAAAAGGGAAAUCGAAGAGGGAACCACAGGUACGCAGGAGGGAAGCUAGAGAAAUAUCGGAAAUCGGAGAACACGGUUUUCCCCCAACGUGUCCGACCAGAAAUCGAACCGUUUGUUCUUGUGCCAUUGUCGUGUGUGACUGUUUAGUGCCGAGGUUUUCGUUCGGUUUUCUCUCGUUUCUUCGCUCGAAUGGAAGGCAGAGUGCACAGGAACUGUCUGGCCCAGAUUGAAAAGUCCCAUGACGAUCGUCAACGAUCCAAUUCAGCGGUCACGUUGACGAGCAACAGUGAUCUCGUCGAUAGACUUUCUUCUUCUUCAUCUUCUUCUCCUUCUUCUUCUCUUUCUACUUCUUCUUCUUUUUCUUCUUCUUCUUCUUCUUCUUCAUCAUCAUCAUCAUCAUCAUAAACAACAUCAGCAACGUCUUCUUUUACGGUUUUUUGUUUCGUGUUCUUUUUUAAACUAUAAAUAGGAGCGACAAGUCGAAUUGUCGCGCGAUGCGACUAACUACACACUCACACUCACACUGGACAAAUGGUUCUAUACACACGUAACACUGGUUAUAUACAGACUCGUCGAAGCUGGAGACACACACGUACACAGGUUAAGAGAGCAUAUAGUUUUUCGGGGGAUGGCGGCGUCGACCUGGAGAACCACAGAUAUUCGUCCCCGAACCCUCGAGCUCCCCGAACCGCAGAUCAUAGUUUUCUACGACAGUAUUUAUAUAUAGCUAUUAUAUAUAUAUGUAUACAGACAGAAGCAUAUAUAUGUAUAUACCGAUUGUACAUAUAUAUACAUGUAAAGUAUUUUUACACGACGCCCCAUGGAGCGACCCCGCCAACCCCCGCAGGGUCUAUCCCCAGGUUAAAGUAAUAGUCCGUUGAACAUAGUUCGCAAUAGUCACUUGGAAUAAAUACCACCAACUACAGUAUUGCAAUAGUUGUUAGAGAGACAAUCGUGCGCGCGACCGGCGAACCGAGGCCGCGGCGAUCGAGCUGCGAUCCAUCGAUCCUCGACGCUCUGGAAAUUUUGGAGUUUUCGUCACUUUCUACGUUCGUAAUCGAUUCAGUUUUCUCAGCGUACGCUGAUCACUUUGUAUUCGUAUUUUUCUAGAUAUUUAUUCUAAAUAUUUGUCACUUUCUAAAAUAUCUACCGAUUUCACUGAUUUUAGAUCGACGCGAUUAAUUCGUUCAAUUGUGUCUCGUUUAUACAAAUUGUCUCGUGUUCGCAAACAUUGAUCCUCCCGUAGAACAAUCCACGAGUUUUUAUAUUUAAAUUCUUCACCGAUUGAAAUGUAAAACUGUCGCUUUUCAUGUUUGCUUUGGAUGCUAAAAUUCACUUUGUUCUGUCAUCUUCAUUUUAACCCUUCGCGCUUUAAGGUGUCACUAAAAAAAAGAAAAAGAUGCCACUAUGUAGAAAUGAGUACGAAAAUUCACUUUGUUCUAUCUCGUCUUUAUUUUUUAAAUCUCCGUUAAGAAUCUAUUAAAAUUAACAAUUUUGAUUUAAAGUUCGCUUGAAAGCUCGUUGUAAUCGAAAACCAUCCGCGCUUCGAGGCGCCGCUAAACAUUGCUACACUUGAAGAAUUAACUUUGUACUUAAAUGAUUAACUACGCUGAAUUUCAGAUGCACGGAACGGAAACAUCUUGUCGAAGGGUUAAAAGUAGACCGCGAUGCCGAAGAAAGAGCUUUGGUUCUUGCAAGUGCUGCGAACCGUUCCAAUGCUUCAUUAAGGUUCUCAGUCUAAUUAUAACGAAUGCUGUUUCUUCCGUCCGGAACGGAACGGGAUCGGUGAAGUGCUUACGAACAAUCGACAAUUUCUUCAGGAGCAGGAUGUGUUCGGACGACGGAAGGUUGAAAAAAACUCCAAAAAUUGCGGGGAAUAAGUAAGAUCGAGAAAGACGACGAGAGGAUGCGAGUUGAAGGGAAAACGAUCGAGCGGAUAACGCACAGCAGAGCGCUCGGCGAGGAACGCAGUGCCGACAAUAAUAAACGGGCGUGCCCCUCAGGCUCGUAAAGGCCGAACCGUGGCGAGCACGCUCGGCUCCGCGCCGGUUUACGGUGAUUAUAAAAGCGGAUUAACGACGCCGUAAACGCGGUAAGCCUUUUACGAAUUGUCUGCGAGGAUCCGGCCCGGCGUCGAGACGUUCUAUAUAUCUCCACGUUUCUCUCUUUCACUUUUUCUCUGUUCGCCCCCGUGUCCUUGGGGAGAAUGCAAAUCAGCACCCCGGCCGAGGGUUGAAUAGUCCCGACUUCACUAUGCUCGCCGGAAAUAAAAAAGUACUCGGCGAUUCCCGCGAGGAAAACGACCAAGCCGAAUGCCGUCGUAACCCGCGAAAAAGACUGCCCUGCCCCCCGAAGGAUCUCUCACGAUGAAACUCCCUGUAGACAACACCGAGCCGGGCGUUUUUGCUAUGCGUUAUCCUUGAACCGAGCAGGAUACUGAUACACUAUCGUCGCCGUCCCGUUUACGGCGGAGCUCCUUUUACACGAAUUUUUCCGGUCCCGAUAAACUCCACGAGAACGGCUUCACCGAAUCCGAACACGGAAAUCUUCUACCAAGCGAAUCCGAUAUAGCUACUUCUAUCUCGUGAAAAUCUUUAACCAUAUUUUAGUUGCCUUUAGUACAUUUUAACACGGUCGCGAUUCGUUCUACACCUUGGUUUACCUUCGUUUUUAUUUUUAUACAGAUGCGAAGCUGGCUCGAUUUUUGAGUUCGUCGUCUUAUUUCACUUAACCUGGAUGAUUUUUUAUACUUCCGGCUUACGGUACUUCGCAGAGAUUUUUAAACAAUUUCUAAACGCGUUUCCAUCACCCCUCGCACAUCGUUUAGAACAGCUGUAAAUUGUCGUACACUUUGGUCAUUCAUUUUUUAUUCUUAUACGGAGAGAGACGCGAAGCCGAUGCAAUUUUUGGUUAGUUCGAUGCUGGUUCGUCUUACUUGAAUUGCGUGGGUGGUUUUAAACCUCGGGCUUAUGGUACUUCGUCGAAAUUUUUAAAUAAAUUUCAGUCGCAUUCUAGACAUUUUUGUCGAAGCUGUAUGUCGUAGUUUUUUCAUUUUAAUUUUGAUACGCGUGUAACUAUCGAGCGAAUUCACGUUUCGCACGUUUCAAUACAGUUGUCGCUUGUCCUACUUCAUUUGCGUGGGCGAUCGUAGACUUGGCACUUCGCACAGAUUUGUAAAUAAAGUCACAUUUCGUCGGAACCAUGAAUUUUCACACAUCGGUUAUUUUACUAAUUGCGACAAUGCAGCAGAUCCGCCGUUUUCCACGUUCUAAUGCAGCUGUUUCUGGUUUUAAUUUAUAAAACAUAUUCGUAGGAUAUCCUGUAAGAAACCGAAACAAUGCGACACGACUGUUCUAAACGUAGUUCGAAUGUGAUUCGACCGAGUCGAUUCGUGGAGUUUCCAAGGCUCGGGCGAUUUUUAUCGAGAGCCCGAACGCGUUCGCUUAACAGAAUUAACAGUUGUUCCGCCAAUCGAAGCUCGCCCGGAAGUUUCGUUAAUUGAGCCCGUAGGAGGAUUUCGUUUAAAUGGAGCUCCGGGAAACGAUCGCAGCGAGCUGGCAUAAUCUCGGGUCGCCGGUGACCGGCACGAUUUAAUAACGCAUUAUGUAAAUGUAAUAACAAACUCAGGAAAUCUGAAGCAGCCAGGCCGUGAUACUAUACUUAUAGAAACUACUACCGCUACUAUUUACUACGACAGGUGUGAUUCUUGCGUUAUAUACAGGACGCAUCGACGUCUGAUUCUGUUUUGUUUCGUUUGUUUGUUUGUUUCUUGUUUGUUACGAGAUUUUACACUGCAUUGUGGCAAGGCGUGUGUGCACACCGUCGCCGUGAACGUUUCUCGCGAAACUUGUUACAGGGUCACAUAUCCAAUCACAGGGUCACAAUCGCCGCGUGAAAAAAGAAAAUCAUCUCGCCCGAAGAAAUCGUAUCGGAACGCGUCAGCGAAAUUUCUGGGAAACUUUCGAUCAUUUCGAUCUCGACGAGAUCGAAUCCAGCGUCUAGAAAUAUUUUUAACACGUAGAUGCAAUCGUUCUGUAUCGAUGAAGCACGAUGCAUUGUUAUUGUAAUCGCAAUUAGACACUUAGGGACAAUAUCUUCUUACUUGUAGCGACGGGGGAACUCUGGACCAUUCAGGGCUAAAGACACCGUCGCUACCCGGGUAGCUAUUUAAUAUAGCUGACCGAUUCUUUUUUUCUUUUCACAGAAAGAUGUCCUCUUUUUGGUUCGGAACGAUCGACAGCAAGCGCGAAUUUUAAUAAAAAUUAUUUCGGUCAUUGUUCGCACGUCUGUAACGAGUUUCGCCGGAGCCGUCGUGGCCGAAGAUACAAAACGGGGAAUAAAAAAAAAGAAAAGAGAAAUGAUUGUGAAAAAAAUCACCACAGCUACCUCCAUGUUAUUAGAUAUCAGUCUUCUUCUCGCGCUAUACUCACGCUCAUAUUACCUAAAUCAUAUGUUAUUUUACGAUGUUCGGCCGCGCGUCGGCAACAAAACCACGUCUCUGUAGCGAAUAUAUAUAUAUAUAUUACUUAUAUAUAUAUUAUAUAUAUUUAAUUAUGUAUACACGAUAUUUACACAUAGUCAGAGCGCGAGGUAAUAUAGCUUCCACGGAUUAUAGGUUUAAGAGUCUGCCUCCUUGCGCGGAACGGACGAGCCGGCGCGGAACACAAUAACAAAAUAAAUAUCUGCGGAAGAUAAAAGGAAGAAGGAUGACCGAGCGAUGGAAAACAAUCGAUGGCGUCCGGUGGCGGGGCUUCGCACAUCCCUCUGUCUUCGACCGAUGCUUAAAACAUUCAAUGCACCGCUCGAAAUAGGCGCACGGCGGAGCGGCAUAAUUGAUCGGCCGACCAAUUAGUCGCCGGAACAAAUUUUUCGGAAAACCACGGGCUUCGGAACUGGCCGCCCAAUCAGCUUCACGAUCGGAGAAAAUGAUCGGCGGCAAGCUCGUCUAACGCUGAACCUACUGAGCACUCGAACGGACUUGGCGUGUCUCGUAAAAGUGAUAAGUUUGAAUUUAUCGAAGCUUUAAGAAAUGAUUUGGUGGAACCCUGGCGGUUACCCUAAUUUUUCAAUCGAAAAUUGUGAAACGGUGGUAGUGUAUUGUAUGCAAAAAAAAAGAAAGAAAUGCAUUAACGAGGAUCAAUAAGGAUCUCGAUGCAUCUAAUCGUCGCUAAUUGUAUACUCUGUAUGAAAGUGAAAUGACCGAAAAUUGUUUGAUCGUUAUCGAAGAAUUAUCGGUACUUAGACUGCUAUAAAAAAAGGAGAAAAAGAAUCAAUUGUACAGUCGCGAUUUUUACGAGAACACGUUCUUAGAUAAUGAAUGUGUCGAGCCUCUCGAUCGGUUCUUUGCAACGUGAUAGAUUUUACAAUGGUAAAAUCAGUAGUUUUAGCGCUAGGUAGGUUCAAGGGUUAGCGUAUAGUCCGCGAUGGAACUAUGACAAUUGGCGUUCCAAGGCCCGCCGCCCUUCCACCAAACUCUCGAGCACGGCUGGUCGAAGAGGGGUGGGAGAAGUCCGAGUUCGCCGGUCAAAAUACAAUGGAGCUACCUCACUUAAACGCUGGAACGCGCGACAGCCGGAUUAUUUAUGCAGACGUGUGUACGUGUUGUUGCAUUUCUGUUGGUCGACAAAGUGUAAAAAAAACCGAUUCACUGCCAAGAGCGCGUCGGGCUCGUCCGUUCCGCGAGCGACAGUGCUGAAUUCCAAAAUCACAAUGCAAUACGUUGUACUUACAGUCGUUUUUACGCGUUGACUCGUCGAUAUAUACCGGUUAGUGAUUUUACUGCUGCAUCGAGAGCGGGAGGAAGAGAAGGAAAGAAAGAAAGAAAGAAAGAAAGAGUGUGCGCGACUAAUAGAGAGACGACGAUUUGUGUGCGUGGUUGGAUCGUGUGGAUGCAGGUUUCAACGUGGGUGCAUGUGUGCGCGAAAGAAAAAUCGAGUUCGAAUGGCCUCCUAUUAUAUACGCAUAUAUAUAUAUAUAU